AUGGGGCUGCGGUUGCCCCUGUGCGCGGGCGCCCUGCGGGCUCUGGCGCCGGGCAGGACCGCGCUCCGGCCGUGCCGCGACAGCUGGGCGGCCCGCGGGCUGCGGAGCUCCAACCCGUUCACCCGCCGGCAGGAGGAGGAAUGGCGGCGGCGGAACCGGACGGCGCUGACUUACAUCGCGGCGGCCGCCGUGGGCAUGGUGGGGAUGUCGUACGCGGCCGUGCCGCUGUACCGCCUUUACUGCCAGGCGACGGGGCUGGGCGGAACCACGGGCGCGGGGCGCGGCGCGGAGCGGCUGGAGAAAAUGCGGCCCGUGCGGCAGCGCCCGCUGAAGGUGACGUUCAACGCGGACGUGCACGCCGGACUGCAGUGGAACUUCCGGCCCCAGCAGAGCGAGAUCUACGUCGUACCUGGAGAGACAGCGCUGGCGUUCUAUAAAGCAAAAAAUCCUACAGACAAACCAAUAAUUGGGAUCUCUACCUACAACGUAGUGCCCUUUGAAGCGGGACAGUACUUCAACAAGAUACAAUGUUUUUGUUUUGAAGAACAGUGGCUGAAUCCUCAAGAGGAAGUGGAUAUGCCUGUCUUCUUCUACAUCGACCCAGAGUUUGCAGAGGACCCCAAAAUGGAUAAAGUCGAUUCGAUCACCCUCUCUUACACCUUUUUUGAAGCAAAGGAAGGACAGCACUUACCGCUCCCUGGCUAUCAGUAACGGGCAAUCCCUACCCCUGCCUUCAGCUCCCUGACUGCUAUGACAUCAUUUUUCUACAAAAAGAAAAGCUGAAGGAGCACUGUGAGACAUGACAGAAUUAUUAAACUACUGUGGGUGCAUGCUGGUGUUACGGAAGCAUGCGUUUCUUAUUUAACCUUGUACAGUUGGAAUGUUACCUCUUAGGAGUAGUACUUCAUCAGAAGACAGAAGUGAUCUCUUUGUGGAGUAGAAAGUUGUCUCAAAGCCAUCCUUGUAUCAGAUGAUACAUGCUUAAUAAAUUCCAUGAGGCAAAUUUUUAAAUCUAGGUGUAAAUUGAGAUAUUUAAAUUUAGAGGAACAAAUCAGUUUAUUAAAUACCUAACACUGCAUUGCUGGCUCUGAAAAAUAAUUAACUUACCUUUAUUCAGUGAAAGGUUUUUACUUCUCAGUAGCAACCUAAUCAGUUCACGGACUCUCAAAACUUGACUGUAUUGCUUCAUAGCCUUCCCACAGCACAGGAAGAUGGGAUGAUUUGAAGAUGAUGCUCCUUCUUGAAUUAUUACUGAAUCAGUAGUUCAUCUGGUAAGAGCAGACUGCUCUAGAAUUGUUGUUUGAGUGAGGAACAAUAAUUUAUGGACUGCUUGGAGAAGCAUUUGACUUGGAAGGGAAGUAAUCUUAUUCUUGUGUUUAUAAAUUUUCUGCAUAGCUUCCAUGUAGGAAACUCAUUUAAAAUAUCAGCACUGUUACGGAUUCCUCUUUCAGUCCUGUGAGGGCUGUACACUGGGCACCUCUAUACAGAGAGAAGCUAGACUUGGGUCAGAAAAGUGCUGAAGGGAAAGACAGUACAUAGCAACUGCUCUGCAUCACAGGCUGAAGUACCACAGAGGCAUCUCAAAAACAAAAAGGAUGUUGACAAGUCUGCCCAGAAACACACCAGCUGAUCAGAGUACAUCUGAGUACUCACUGUUUACCACCAGAACACGUAACCCUGUAUUUAUGUGACUUUUUGUCAUUAUCUGGGGGGGAAGGGAUAAUAACACUUUAUCAUAACCCUGCAAAUAAGGACUGAGUUGCAGAGCAAGUUUAAGUGAUGUAGGCAUUUUCAGACAGAGAUUAAUCUCAGUUGAGUAUCUCAUCUACUAGGCCAGUUCUUUCUACCCCUUCAGUGGAUGAUAUCUCAGAAGAUAAGACUGAUGUUGUUUCUGAAGACUCUAAAAAGGUACUGAGUAUAUUGUAAGUUGCCUUAGUCUCACUUGUGUUUGCAUACAACAAUAAGAAUGGUGCCCUCUGAAAAUAUGCAGGUGCUACCUUCAAAAUGCAUUUUUGUACUGAAUACCUCGUGUGUUUAAAAGGAUUCUGGAUGAUGUGUCAUGCUUUCACUGUGUAUUUAUUAAAGUUUAAAACUGCCA